CGUCCAAACGCCGCGACGCGAAGCGGAGGGGGGCUCUGUUAAAACCGGCGCUAAACCGCAUUCCCUCUUUUUCAAGAAAACGAGAAGAAACGAGCGCGAUUCUCGCGCUUAACCCCUCUCUCUCUCUCUCUCUCUCUCUCUCUCUCUCCUCGAACCUCCUCCUCCUCCUCAGUCCCUCUCCUCCGUCUCCGGCGCCGGCGCCGGCGGAGACGGCGGUGGCGGCGGCGCUCCCCUCGCCCGGCGGGACCGUCGCCCCGCUCCCUCGCUACCCCACCCCUUCCCACCCGGAGAUGAGCGUUGGCGGCGAUGGCGACGAAGAAGGUGCAGACUCCCCAGCCGCCGCCGCCGCCGCCGUCGUCUCCCCGGGACCACCGCCCCGGGUGCCGCGCCGCCCGGCCGCGCGGGGGCCGCCGGUGGAGGCAGGGCGGCGGCACCGGGACCGCGGCGGUCGCGGUGGCCGCGCUCGUGAUCUCCACCGCCGCGUGGCUCGCGCUCGUGUUCUCCGGGACCACCGCCCGGUGCUGGCACCGGCUGACGCAUUUUGAGGGGAGCCGCUCCGUGUCGUGGCGGAGCCAUUACGCCUCCGAUCGCCGUCGCCCCGCCCAGUCUUCCCCCUCCCCGCCACCGCCGCCGCCGCCGCCGCCGCCCCCGGCGCCUCCUUCGUCUCCUUCGCCGCCGCCGCCUCCGGCGUCCGGCAACGGCAGCCUCUCGGGAGCGAGGCCGAUCGCGGUGGAGUUAAUGCUGCACCACAUACUCUUCGGGAUCGCCGGAUCGUCGCAGUUGUGGACGCGCCGGAAGGAGUACGUGAGGCUCUGGUGGCGACCCGAGGAAAUGCGCGGCCACGUGUGGCUGGACGAGCAGGUGCCGCACGACGACGAUUCGCUGCCUCCGAUCAUGGUGUCGGAGGACAUCUCUCGCUUCCGCUACACGAACCCUACGGGCCACCCCUCCGGCCUCCGGAUCGCCCGUGUCGUGGGGGAGAGCUUCCGCCUGGGCUUGCCGGACGUGCGGUGGUUUGUCCUGGGAGACGACGACACCAUCUUCAACGUCGAUAACCUCGUGGCUGUUCUUAGCAAGUAUGAUUGGUCUGAGAUGGUUUACAUCGGUGCUCCUUCGGAGAGUCACUCGGCGAAUACUUACUUUAGCCACAAUAUGGCGUUUGGUGGCGGCGGGAUUGCGAUUAGCUACGCACUGGCCAAGGCAUUGUCGAAAAUUCAGGAUGAAUGUCUGGAGAGGUACCCCAAGCUGUAUGGGAGUGAUGACAGGCUUCAUGCCUGCAUUUCCGAAAUUGGCGUUCCCCUGACGAGGGAAAGUGGCUUCCACCAGUGGGAUAUCCAUGGUAAUGCGCACGGUCUUCUGUCAUCUCAUCCAAUUGCCCCCUUUGUCUCAAUUCACCAUUUGGAAGCUGUGGAUCCAUUCUAUCCAGGGUUGAGCUCUUUGGAGAGCUUGAAGCUAUUUACGAAGGCUAUGAAGUUAGAACCUCGGAGCUUUUUGCAGCGAUCGAUCUGUUAUGACCAGGCACAUCGUCUCACAUUUUCUGUGUCGCUGGGUUACGCUGUUCAAGUGUUCCCAAACAUCGUGUAUCCCCGUGAAUUGGAGCGGUCGGAGCAGACUUACAUCGCCUGGAAUACGAUCAGUCACAGUAGUGAGUUUGACUUGGAUACCAGAGUCUCAUUAAGGUCCCUCUGCAAAAAACCGAUUCUGUUUCAUUUGAAAGAUGUAGAACGAAGAGGGGAUGCUAUGGUGGGCACAUAUACACAAGAAAGAGGAAUAAAUGAUCUGAAAAGGAGAGUGUUCUGCUUUCUGCGGUCACCCCCCCUGCGUAAUGUGCAGAUUAUCAAGGUCACAAGUUAUCCACCAGAAAAGAAUUGGCAUCUGGUACCGCGUCGAUUAUGUUGCCAGACAGACCAAAUUAUGGGUGACACUCUCAGUUUAACUGUGGGCCAAUGUGAGAGUGGAGCUUUUCAUUCCAUCAUUUGAUAAUGUGUGACUGGUCUAUGGUGGUGCUCGGUCCAGGAAUCUCUUGUCGAGUUGAGGAAUUGAGUAGAGAAGCCAGAUCCUAUAAUGACCUUCCAGAGAUUCAACUGCCUCUGACUUUUCAUGGAUUAACAAUUACUGACUUCUGGUCUGUUGAUUAACUGAUUAUGCAAGGUGCAGUCCAUGUAGGAGGCCCAUUUGUUCUAUGCAGUUAGGUUGAUUGAGUUGAAGAUGUUUGUGCGAACACUUAUCUCCAGAUUACAUUCUUUGCCUUCAUUUUGCUAAGAAGGUUUUACAAUGAUGAAUGAAGAUUUAGCAUUUCGAAAUUGAAA